AUUGUAAUUUGAUGUUCUUGGUUUUGGUGUUUUUGGUCAAAGCAUCAAGGAACUGGUGCAAGUGGAGAAAAAUGGUCUUCUCUUUUCAUCAUCUUCAGAGCUAGCUGAUGAACUUUUGGUAAGUUUAGUCAACUUGUCUGGAUGCUUUACAACUUAUCAAAAAUAAACCCUAGGCAUCUUGUAAGCUUUCCUAUGUUUAUAUCGACCUUGACGGUCGAUACUUCUCAUUUCAUGGUGUUUAAUAGAUAAACAAAUAUGCAUGGACCAACCACUGGAGUUAACUCAAUUUGUUUACUUAAUGGCUUUCAUAUUUCGACUAUUGCUUAGUGUAAUGUUUGUGUGAUAACCUGCACAGAUGCUGUUUAAGGGUUUUCCAGACGAUUGUGAGUCAUUGAAGGUUCUGAGGAAUGGUGCACUGGACAUGUCUUCAUCUGUGAGGUGGGCUACUGAGUGGGAAGAGAAUGCCAAAGGCUUGAUCUUAAAGGCAAGUUUACUCUCUGCAUUCAAUUCGAUCUUGGUAUCUAUAUGUCAUCAUACAUGCUUUGGGGCAUUGUGACAAUAACACUGCCUGUCCCUCGAGAGAAUCGGGACAAGAUGAUGUGGGGGUGGGAUCGAUCUCUGGUUCAAUCCCCAGUCGAUGAACAUGUAAAAUGUCCUAGACUUUCUUUUUUGUUUUUGGUGGGAUGUUAUAAAAGUGCCAUGCAUGCCAAAUAUUAGCCUAAUGAUAUCGCUAACAAUUGUUAAUUUGGUUGAAUGCCCUUCAGCUUUAUUCUUUCUCCUCUUCCAACAGGACCCCUAGUAUAUAAUAUUCCAGGUUAUGAAUCUGAUUCAGAUGGUCUGAUAUUACAGGUUAUCUCUGGAAACUUAGACUGAUCUCUGGUCCCUGUUAACAGUGCCCCGUGAAUGAGGGAACCCAUUGAUGUACGUGUAAAACACAUUAUACCAACUUCAUCUAUGACGAAUUUCAGUUUUGUACACAACUAUCAAUACAUUACGAGAUGCACCGAUUGUAAGUUUGAGUAAAUCACAG